AUGUUCCCUUCUCCACCGCGAGGGGGAGCUGCUGCUGCCGCCGCGGAGCGAGCCGCCCGCGUGCGUGUGCGUGUGCGCGGACCACUGCUGCAGCGGAGGAGGAGAGCAGGGACACAGCACACACUCACGCCGCUACAGCAUCUCCUCCAUACACCGCGGACCUACCCGGGAGAAACGGCGCGACACGCACGGUUUGAUUCUACAUUUGAAAAGAGUGGCUACAACCUGCUCAUCUCAGUGUGGACUCAGCCUGGUUCACCACUCUGGACAUACUUUUGGAUUCAGAGAUAUUUGUUUUCCAGCAUGGACAGACACAGGGAGUGGGCAUGUGGCCUUGGGACAUUUCUUCUCCUACUUUUACAACAUCUAACAUUAGCUCUUGAAGUGCCUCUAGAUCCCAAAGUUCUGGAAGGAUUGCCCCAGCCCCCAACUAUAACAUUACAGUCGCCUAAAGAUUACAUAUUUGAUCCUCGGGAGAACAUUGUGAUCCAUUGUGAGGCCAAAGGGAAGCCUCAUCCCAGCUUCUCAUGGACAAGAAACGGCACCCACUUUGACAUCGAGAAGGACUCCAAGGUCACGAUGAAGCCAAGUUCGGGCACGCUGGUCAUUGACAUCAGCGGGGAGAAAGCCGAGGCGUAUGAAGGGACUUACCAGUGCACAGCUCUCAACGUCCACGGCGCCGCUGUUUCCAACAACAUCGUCAUCCGCCAGUCCAGGUCACCCUUGUGGUCGAAGGAGAAGGAUAAGGUCAUCGUGGUACAACUCGGGAUCUCUCUGGUGCUGCAGUGUAGACCCCCGGCUGGCCUUCCCCCUCCCAUCAUUAUGUGGAUGGAUAACAACUUCCAAAGACUACCUCUGAGUCCGCGCGUGUCCCAGGCCAUAAAUGGGGAUCUGUACUUUUCCAAUGUCCUUCUGAGCGACACAAGGACUGACUACAUCUGCUACGCCCGCUUUCCUCACACCCAGACCAUCCAGCAGAAGCAGCCCAUCUCCGUCACCGUGCUCGAGAACAGCCCUAUAGGCGAACGCAAACCAGGUUUUAUGAUGCCUCUUGGACCAACCAGCACCAAAAUGGUCCUCAAAGGAGAAACGCUUGAGCUGGAGUGCAUCGCAGAAGGACUCCCCACUCCAAACAUCUUGUGGCAGAAGGACGGAGGCCAGUUUUCCCAAACAGUGUCUUUCCUGAAUUUCAAUAAGACACUGAAGAUUCCUGAUGUGACAGAAGCAGACGCUGGAAACUACCGCUGUAUCGCCAACAACAACCAUGGCACUGCUUCCCACAUCAUCAAAGUCUCAGUCAAAGCCGCCCCUUACUGGAUCAGUGCUCCUCGGAACCUGAUCCUUGCUCCGAAUGAGACUGGGAUUUUGACUUGUCGAGUGAACGGAGAGCCCAAACCUAAGAUCAGCUGGUUCAUCAAUGGAGUACUUUUAGAGAACGUACCAGAGGACCGCAGACGAAAGAUUGAAGACGAUACUGUGAUUUUGAGCAAUGUCCAAACUGGCUCCAGUGCAGUCUAUCAGUGUAAUGCGUCGAAUGAGUUUGGAUACGUCCUGGCCAACGCCUUUGUCAAUGUGCUGGCUGAGCCGCCACGAGUUCUGACUCCACCGAACCGAAUCUACCAGGUCAUCAAAAACAACCACGCUCUGCUGGACUGCGCCUCCUUUGGCUCUCCUAUCCCCAUUAUUACAUGGUUCAAAGACAGUCAGAUCAGCAUAAAGAACGGGGACCCCUAUGUGAUUCACGAAAACGGGACUUUGGAAAUCCACGUAGCGCAGCCUGUCAACAGUGGAAAGUACACCUGCAUCGCCACCAACAACCUGGGCAUCAAAGAGAACCAUGUGUUGUUAGAGGUUAAAGAGCCCACCCGUAUUCUGAAGCAGCCGGAGUACACGGUGGUGCAGAGGGGCAUGAAGGCAGUGUUUGAAUGUAAGGUGAAACACGACCCAUCGCUCAUUCCCACCAUGACGUGGCUGAAGGACAGUGCAGCGCUCCCUGAAGACGACAGGUUUCAGGUGGGCACAGACAGUCUAAUUAUCCGUGACGUAGUGGAUGAGGAUGAGGGCACCUAUACCUGCCACAUGAACACCACCUUGGACCACGACUCUGCCAGUGCUGUGCUCACUGUCGUAGAGAGGCCGGACCCCCCAACUGACUUGGAGAUGACGGGACAGAAGGAGAGGAGUGUGGAGCUCACGUGGACCCCAGGAGAUGAGCACAACAGUCCCACAGAGAAGUUCAUAAUCCAGUAUGAGGACCACCUACACCAGCCCGGCGUGUGGGUGAACCUGACGGAGGUUCCUGGGACCAGCCCCACAGCUCAGUUGAACCUGUCUCCAUACGUCUACUACUCCUUCAGGGUCCUGGCUCUGAAUGCUGUAGGCUACAGUGACCCCAGCCAACCAUCUCGCCAGUACCGGACCAGCCCAGCAGCUCCAGAUGAAAACCCAUCAAAUGUUCUCGGCGAAGGAACUGAACCGGGGAAUCUGGUCAUUUCUUGGACGCAACUGACAGGGUUCCAGUCCAACGGCCCUGGUCUGGAGUACCGCGUCCAGUGGAGACAGAAGGAUGCCGAGGAGGAGUGGUCCACCAAAACUGUUUCCAAUGUGUCCCAGUUUGUGGUGUCCGGGACCCCCACAUAUGUGCUCUAUGAGAUCAAAGUGCAUGCUGUCAACGACUACGGCUCCGCCCCUGAGCCCGAGGUCACGAUGGGAUACUCUGGAGAAGAUGUGCCGUUGACUGCUCCUGACAGUGUACAGAUCAUGGUCCACAACAGCACUAUAGCAGAGGUGCAUUGGGAGCCAGUGUCUAUCCAUUCAGUUAGAGGAAAACUUCAAGGCUAUAAGGUGUACUACCUUCGAGAGCGUGGCCUCCAUGACUCAGAGGAGGACCCGCAGCCUCAGCAGUUACACUUUAUGACCUUCAGCGGAAACAGGAGUGAAGGCCGUCUGCCCGGACUGCAGCCCUACAGCCUGUACAGCCUCCACAUCAAAGUGCUCAACAGCAGAGGAGAAGGACCAGCCAGCACCAUCAAGAGCUUUGAGACCCCAGAGGGAGUCCCGGGACCUCCUUCCUUCUUGAAUGUGGUCCACCCAGGUUUGGACUCUCUCACCCUUGAGUGGGGACCUCCUGAACACAACAAUGGCCGCCUCGCUGGCUACACUCUCAAGUACCAACCAGUUAACAGCACCAGUGAGCUCGGGCCCAUCAAAGAAAUGACCCUCCUCCCCAACGAGACCACCAUUAUAUUGAGUAAUCUGAACUCCAGCAUGCUCUACAAGUUCUACCUGAGCGCAAAGACAUUGAAGGGAUCCGGACCGGACAUAUCGGAGGAGGCUUUCACGGUGAUGGACACAACUCGUACUCAGCCCCCUGUAGUAACGGGCAAAGCGCCUCCUCUAGGUCCAGCGUUCGGCCUUGUUAACAAAUCGAUCUCAGAAGAAGGCGUCGCGAUCAGUUGGGAAUACUUUGGGCACUACAAAAACGUUUACGUGGAGUACAUUUUAGAAAAUAGUAAAGAGGAGUGGCAAAAGGAGCUGGUCAAUGGCUCGCACUGGCACAUGUUAAAGAGUUUAAAGCCAGGAUCCACUUAUAGGGUGCGUGUGGUCGCUCUGGAUCCCUCUGUGUCCAGCUCGGUCCACUCCACUGGGGAGAUGGAAGUGGCAGUGCCAGCGGUGGCCAAUCGGCAGGUGGACAUUGCCACCCAGGGCUGGUUUAUCGGACUCAUGUGCGCCAUAGCCCUCCUCAUACUGGUUCUGCUCAUUGUCUGCUUCAUAAAGAGGAACAAAGGAGGAAAAUACCCAGUAAAAGAAAAAGAAGAGGCCCACCAAGAUCCAGAAAUUCAGCCAAUGCGGGAGGAUGAUGGCACUUUUGGAGAAUACAGUGACACCGAAGACCACAAGCCGCUGAAGGGAAGCCGCACCCCCUCCAACGGGACAGUACGGCGGGACGAGAGCGACGACAGCCUGGUGGACUACGGCGAGGGCGGGGACGGGCAAUUCAACGAGGAUGGCUCUUUCAUCGGCCAAUACAGCGGCAAGAAGGAGAAGGACACGCACGAAGGCAACGAGAGCUCGGAGGCGCCCUCACCAGUCAACGCCAUGAACUCCUUCGUCUAA